UGCUACCUAGAUAGGCAGAAAGAUAUCCAAGUAGUUGUAUUUGUGUGAAUUUCGGCGCUACCUAACCUAGCUAGCUGCAAAGGCUUCAUCAUGCUCAUUCGCCUCUCUGCUGUCACACUCUUCCUCUCCCUCUCCCUCGUCGCAGCCGGAGAACAGCUGGACUACUUCCAGCAAUACCUUCGAAUCAACACCGCCCACCCGAACCCUGACUACGCUUCCGCUGUCAGUUUCCUCACCGAUUUUGCAAACUCCAUCCCCGGCAUCCGGUCGAAGCUUUUAUAUUUCACUUCUCCGCCAAACAAGCCCUUACUUCUACUCACUUGGCUCGGCUCCAACCCUUCGCUCCCCUCCGUUCUCUUCAACUCCCAUCUCGAUUCCGUCCCCGCCGAGCCCACCAAGUGGUCCCACCCACCCUUCUCUGCCCACCGCUCCUCCGACGGAAAAAUCUUCGCUCGAGGAGCCCAAGACGACAAGUGCGUCGGCAUCCAGUACUUGUUGGCUAUCAAGGCCAUCCAAAGCAACUCCCCUGGCUUCACCCCUCUUCGAAAUGUCCACAUCUCCUUCGUGCCCGACGAGGAAAUUGGUGGCUUCGAUGGCAUGAUGAAGUUCGUGGAGUCCCAAGAGUUCAAGGACUUGAAUGUGGGUUUCGCGUUAGAUGAAGGCCAGGCCUCUCCCACUGAUGAGUUCAGGGUGUUUUACGCCGACAGGAUCCCUUGGCAUAUGACAAUUAAGGCUGUGGGGAUGCCCGGACACGGAUCCAGGCUGUACGAUAAUACUGCCAUGGAGAACUUGAUGAAGUCUGUGGAGAUAAUCUCUAAAUUCCGGGAGGCACAGUUCGAUAUAGUCAAGGCCGGCCUGGCAGCCAAUUCGGAGGUUAUUUCGGUUAACCCUGUGUACUUGAAGGCUGGGACUCCAUCCCCAACAGGAUUCGUGAUGAAUAUGCAACCUUCAGAGGCUGAGGCUGGAUUUGAUAUUAGGAUGCCACCAACAGCUGACCCAGAGUUAAUGAGGAAAAUUAUUGCGGAGGAAUGGGCUCCGGCUUGGAGGAACAUGACAUCUGAGAUUAUAGAGAAGGGAAACGUAAGAGACUUUAUGGGACGCCCUCUGGUAACACCCACUUCAGAUUCCAACCCUUGGUGGUCUGUUUUUAAGGAAGCCAUUACAAAGGUUGGUGGCAAAAUUGCAAAGCCUGAAAUUUUGUCUUCAACUACUGAUGCUCGUUUCAUGAGGGAAAGAGGAAUUCCAACUUUGGGCUUUUCCCCCAUGAAGAAUACACCAAUUUUACUUCAUGACCAUAAUGAGUUCCUUAAGGACACUGUUUUCUUGGAGGGGAUCAAGGUGUAUGAAUCAAUAAUCAAAGCAUUGAGCUCUUUUGAGGAAUAUUCUUCAUGAAAUCAAAUACUUAUACAGAGCACCUGUCAGGGUUAAAAUUGUUUAUCUAUGUUUUUGGAGAAGUUAAAAAUUUCUCCAAAUGGAGAAAUGGAGGAAACACGGGUGUAAGUACAUAAUCAAAAGGUCUCUGGUUCGUAGCCUUUCCCUUGCUUUCCUCUCCCUUUCCCCUUUGAUUAUUAAAUGCGUACUAUGUUUCCCCCAUUAUUAUUGUUGUUGUUGUUGUUGCUGCUGCUGAUGAAAUGUACAAAUGCUUUAUUAUUAUUAAAUGCCAUGUAAGGAGGGGUAGAUAGCAUUACCUUAUUAUUAUUAUUAUUAUUAUUAUUAUUAUUAUUAUCAUCAUCAUCAUCAUCAUCAUCUUUGUUGUAGAAAUGUACAAAUGUUAUAUGGGCGAUUAUAAUCAAUAAGGUUUUGCAUAUUUUGUAUUUUGUAUUGUAAUUAAACUAUGUACUUAAAAUGAUUCAAAUAGUUGUAAUUUAUUUAGUAAAAA